AUGUCUUUUGAAAUGGAACAAAUUUAUGUUAAAGUACAUGAAUUGAAAUUUGUAAACAAUUCAGAAAGAAACUCACAUUAUGUAAAAAUAUACUGGGAUGAUAAAAAAUAUAAAAGCCAAACAAAAGAUGGAGGGAGUUACAUAUUUAAUGAAACUUUUCUAAUACCAAUUACAAAUAUAAAUGAUCAAAAUGAUCAAAUUAUUUAUGUAGAAAUAUGGGAAAGUAACUUAUUAAAUAAGCAAUGUGCCUAUACAUUUUUCACAUUAAAUAAUAUAAAAACAGGACAAAUAAUAAAAGAAAAUAUAGCUUUUAUUGAAGUUUUAAAAAAAUGUACCUUAGAAUUAUCAGUUAAUAUAGUUAGAAAUCAAAAAGACAUAUUAUUUUUUAAUAUUAAAGAAUUAUUACCUACAUAUCAAGACCAGCAAAUAAGAAAUGCUGUCUGGGAAAAUGAAGAUGAAGCAUCAAUCAUAAAACAAUUAACUAAUAUAAAUACAUUUAAUGGAAUUACAAAUUUAGGGGAUUACAAAAAUAGUCAAAUUUAUAAUGAAAUAUUUCAAAAGUCAAAGGAAAAUAAUUAUGUAUAUAAAAGUAGCGAAGAAAUCCAAAAUAGUUAUAUUCCUAUUUCGACACCAGAAUAUGUAAGCCACUAUAUAUAUAAAGGUGCAGAUCAAAAUCGUUCUAAUUAUAUAAAUAAAACAAACGAUAUUUUAUUUCCUAAUCAUUUAAAUAAGUCUACAUACAAUGAUAAUAUAAAUAACAUUUAUGACACAUCAAAUAAUGUACAUUAUAAUAAUAAUAGUAGUAGUACCUACUCAAAUUUUGAUCAUAAUAUUAUGCAUAAUUCAAAAAAUAAUGCACCUUUUUCAAAUCCUAAUAAUGAUAAAAUCUUUCAGGAUCACCACCAUUUCCAAUACUCACGAAAUUAUAUACCAUCUCCAAACUCAGAAAAAAUAUUAUAUUUUUCUUGUGGGAAUAAAAAAAAAGCUUUAUUAAUUGGAAUAAAUUAUUGUGGUACAUCAAAUGAAUUAAAUGGAUGUAUCAAUGAUGCAAUAAUAACAAAGGAAUUAUUAAUAAAAAAAUAUAAUUUUUAUGAUUCUUCGAUGAAUAUAUUACAACUAGUAGAUAAUCAAACAAAUCCAAAUUAUAGACCAACAAAAAGAAAUAUAUUAUUAGCAUUAGAAUGGCUAGUUAAAGAUAAUAAUCCUGGUGAUAUAUUUUUUUUUCUUUAUUCAGGUCAUAGUUAUAAAAAAUAUGAUUAUGCAUGUAUUGAAAAAGAUGGAUAUAAUCAAACAAUAGUACCUUGUGAUUUUAAAACAGAAGGGGAAAUAAUUGAUAAUGAUUUACAUAAAUAUUUAAUACAGCCAUUAAAAGAUGGAACUAAAUUAAUAUCGUUUAUAGAUUGUCAAAAAUCAGAUGGAAUAUUAAAUUUAGGAUAUAAAUACAAAUUAAAAAAAGAAAAAUGGAAAGAAACAUAUAAUCCAUUUCAUGUUGUUGCGGAUGUCACACAAUUGAGCUAUUCAAAAGUUAAAGAUUUUACAACAGAAAUAAACAUACUAGAGCAUGUACUAAUUACAAAUAAUAUCGAAGCACUUACAUAUUAUGAUCUACUUCAGUCUAUUUAUUCAUAUAUAAAUUUAUAUAAUAAAAAAAAAAAUAAAAUAAUUUUAAUGUCAUCACAAAAGUUUGACAUAGAUAGAAAGUUCGACUUUGAUCAUAUUCUUAAAAAUUCAAAUUCAGAUCUAGGACAGCAAAAAAAAAUAAUAAAAUGGAAAAAAAGCAAAAAAAGUAAAAAAAAAUAG